AUGCACCACACAUUUCUGACUAAUCUCUCGCAUGACCUUUCGAAACUGCUUACCGAUUCUGAUGAUUACAAUAUCAUUAUUUACGUUGGUGAAGACUCGCACGCAAAACAAUUUAAAGCCCAUACCAACUUAUUACGCGCUCGUUCACCGUAUUUUCGAACGGCGUUGAGCAGUGACUGGGUGAUCAAAGAAGAUGGAAUAUUCGUAUUCAAAAAACCAAAUAUUUCACCUGUAGUAUUUGAUAUUAUUCUAAGUGAUCCACAAUCAUUUUUCACAUCCAGUGAUUUUACAACGAUCGAAGAAGAUAUCCUUCUCGCGUUACUGAAGAGAAAUGAUUUAGAAAUGGAUGAAGUGGAUAUAUGGAAUCAUGUGAUUAGAUGGGGUAUUGCUCAGACUCCAACCAUUGAAAACUCAAUUGGUCAUUGGACACCGGAAGAAUUUGAGGCGAUGGAGAAAACACUACAUGAAUGCAUUCCGCUGCUACGAUUCUUCGAAAUGUCUCCGCCGGAAUUUUACGAUAACGUUCGUCCUUUUAAGCAAUUACUGCCAAUUGAAUUAUACGAAGGUCUUGUUCGAUCUCACUACAAACCACAGCUUCCUCGUCAAUGUGCCGUGUUACCGCCAAGAUCUCCACGAAUCGAUUCCACGAUAGUUAGCUCAAAACACAUCACCAUGAUUUCUCAUUGGAUUGAAGGUGGAUCCGGCAAACCACCUACCUAUCAUAAACCUCGUUUUCAAUUUAAGCUUCUUUAUCGUGGUACUCGUGAUGGAUUCACACCGCGUGCUUUCCGAAGUAAAUGUUCUAAUCAAGGACAGAAUGUGGUGAUAUUAAAAAUAAAAGGAAUUGGCAAAAUUAUUGGUGGAUACAACCCAAUCGGAUGGUGUAAUAGAGCCGACUAUGCUGACACAAAGAAAAGUUUUAUAUUUUCUAUUGACGAGAAUAAUAACGAAAAUGGGACGUCGUCUACGAUGGAAAAGACGAUUGCAGAUGAAAGACCGAAAUUGAGUCGGAUUUCUUUCAAUAUGUCAGGUUCAGCUAUUUUUGAUUUGGAAAGUUACGGACCUAACUUUGGUAAAGGUGAUCUAGUGAUCUAUGAGAGUUGUAAAACUGGAUCUUGUCGAAAAUAUUCUUACGAACAUGAAAUAAUGGAUCCUGGUGAUUUUGUUGCUGAAGAAUUUGAAGUUUUUAAAAUAGUCGAGAAAUGA